UUACACAGAGAUGAGGCGUGUUGCUCUCUGAUGAGAAAGAAGCUGGCUGGAGUGCUGGAAUCUGACUGUUCUUCACAAGCAAGGGCCCCUUGUGUGGACUGAAGUUUCAGAAAGAAUGUUUCAGACAUUUAAAGAAUGGUUUUGGUUGGAAAGAUUCUGGCUUCCUCCAACAAUAAAAUGGUCAGAUCUUGAAGAUCACGAUGGACUCAUCUUUGUGAAACCCUCUCAUUUAUAUAUGACCAUUCCGUAUGCUUUGGGCUUGAUGAUUAUCAGAUAUUUCUUUGAAAAAUUUAUUGCUUCACCUCUAGCAAAAACAUUUGGCAUUAAAGAACAAGUGCGAAAGAUUACACCGAAUACCACCUUGGAGAAGUUUUUCAAACAGUCCACAAGGCACCCAUCUCAAACUGAUAUUUAUGGACUGGCAAAGAAGUGUAACUUGACAGAGCGCCAGGUUGAAAGAUGGUUUAGGAGUCGGCGGAAUCAAGAGAGGCCUUCCAGGAUGAAGAAAUUCCAGGAAGCUUGCUGGCGAUUUGCAUUUUACUUAAUGAUCUCUGUUGCUGGAAUUGCAUUUCUUUAUGAUAAACCUUGGGCAUAUGACCUGUGGGAGGUUUGGAAUGGCUACCCCAGACAGCCCUUGCUGCCAUCCCAGUACUGGUACUACAUUUUGGAGAUGAGUUUUUAUUGGUCUCUCUUAUUUAGCCUUGGCUCUGAUAUCAAGAGGAAGGAUUUUCUAGCUCAUGUCAUCCACCACCUGGCUGCUAUUAGUUUGAUGAGCUUCUCUUGGUGUGCUAAUUAUAUUCGCAGUGGGACCCUCGUCAUGGUCGUACACGACGUGGCCGACAUGUGGCUGGAGUCUGCUAAGAUGUUUUCUUAUGCUGGGUGGAAGAAAACCUGUAACAUCUUGUUUUUCAUCUUCUCCGUCAUAUUUUUCAUCAGCCGCCUCAUCAUUUUUCCCUUCUGGAUUUUAUAUUGCACGCUGAUUCUACCUCUGCACUACCUCGAGCCUUUCUUUUCAUACAUCUUCCUCAACCUACAGCUCAUGAUCCUGCAAGUCCUUCAUCUUUACUGGGGUUACUUCAUCCUGAAGAUGCUCAAAAGAUGUAUAUUCACGAAGAACCUCAAGGAUGUGAGGAGUGAUGAUGAGGAUGAGUAUGAAGAGGAAGUAGAGGAGGAGAUGGAGGAAGAAGCCAUCAAAGGCCAAGAGAGAGACUGUCUGAAGAACGGUCUUGAGGCCAACAGGGACCUCAUUCCCAACGGUCAGCAUAGCCAUUAGCUUGAAGCCUAUGGACACAGUGUGCUGCCAAGGCUGCUGGAAGCAGAAGUGCUCUCGCCUCCAUGGCUGUGGCCCCAGGACCCAGAGGGCCACAGACUCCACCCUUCCCCUCUCUCUCACCACCACCUUCCCCCUCCUAAGAUGUAUUUAACAAAACAUUGUUCGUUUGUGUUAAAAUGUUAAAUAUAAGCAUCCCCAUGUUAAAUAUAAGCAAAAUAAGCCCAAAGCAAACAAAGGAAGGAAAAAACAGAGAUAAGAAAUUGAUGAACUUGAAAACAGAACAUGAAUAGUCUUAAAACUAUGAGAAAAUUAAAUAUGUAGUUUAUAUAAGCAGUUAGGACUCAGGUUGGUCAAAGAUUUCAGAUUCCUCCAGAGAACUUUCCAGUUCUGCUUGUGCCCAUUCCUACACCAGAGAUGUUGGAGCUCACUUUGUUGUUGCCUUCCUCUUCGCACCUUGUCUGUCCUCAGGAUGCUUUGAGAAGUGCUGAGUCAACCCACUUUGCCUAGGUGUGCUUGGCCACAGAGAGUAGCUCAUUUUCCAGAAAUGAGCUAGAGGUGGCAAUGGGACAGUGGCAGCAGGACAAACCAGGGGCCACGCUUCCAGCACUCAGGAGCCCCUUUCUGCCAGGGGCCGUGUGUAAAUUUCCACGGGCCCUGGCAGUGCCUGCCUGCCCUGCCCCUCUCAUGAGGCUGGAGUAAGGAGCAGAUGAGAUGAUGGAAGUGACUGUGCACACUGUCAGCUGUGGUGUCCCUGUCACCCAACCCUCUUUGCACUGUUAUUCCCCUGUCCAGCCCUGUUUAGGAGAGAAGCCUGGUGAGACUUGGCACUGAAUGGGCCUGAACGAAAGGCACAGUCUUAAAAAAAUUCCUUAAAUGUGUCUGUAGACACCUGAAAUACAUAAAACCAGAAAGCUGUCUCCACUCUCUCUGAUAACUGCUUAUUUGUUUGCCCCUCGAAGGUAACUCUCAAAUCUUCUGUGUUCUCCUCCGCAGGCCCCGUGGCAAGGGGAAGGAGUUUUGUCCUGUUCCUUCUUAAUCUUUUGCUGGUCUCUCAUUUAUUUCCUCCUUAAAAGGGAAGCUCCCUGCUGUGGCCCUGAGCCUCUCCCUCAGGCCAGCAGAGCCACCCAGUAUGUCAAAGGGUCCAUCCUGGGCCUCUCUGAGGGAGCUGGGUCCAGGCCAGCCUGUUCAUGAGCCAUGGUCUUCUGGAAGCCGAGCCUCUGGGCUGUGGCAUGCAUCUGCACUGCUGACCAAAGACCUUGGAAAUAUAAAGAGAUGCUACUGGCCAAGCAGCCCAACCAGACUGCAUAACAGUAAAGCAGAACAAAACCGAGGGCUGGAAAGUAGCCCUAAGAAAUGUCCAAGGCCAGGUCCCUGAAUUGGUGUCAGCUCUUGGGGCUGCCUGCCUCUCUGGGAGGGCAGGUAGGGGCUAGUGGGUCAGUCGCCAACUCUGGGCCCCCCACAGGGGCACAUCUGAGGCCAAGUGCAGAGCAAACCUCAAAGGCAUCUCAGGUUUCUGCUGACUGAGGAGAGGCAGACCCUGGCAGAGGCAGAGCCUGAGCAGAAUACACAGCCUUCCCCCUGCCCCCACCCCAGUCUCUUGUAUUUUUGGGUCACAUUUUGCACCUUCAUCUUGUUUUGCUCAGGGCCUGUAUUAUAAAGCCAAGUAAUUGAGAGCUAUGACCAUGGGGACCAGUGAAGCCCAUGCAGGUUCCACUGACAGGGCUGUAGCCCCUGGAGCACAAAGGGCACUGCACACGGUAAAGGUGUCUGCCUUUUUUUGGUUUUCAGUAGAAAGGUGUUUUUAAAACCUUCAGGCUAAACAAAAACAAAAAACUUGAGAAUUCUUUCCCAACAAAGUCUCUUGUUGAGAUUUAUUAGAACAACAGAAAAAUGUGUCGUUUCUCUGCAUAAUAUUUGCUUUUAUGAGUACAAUAACAUGUAUUAUAUGUAUAAUGUUAUAAAUCUCAUAUGCCUCCACUCA